AUGGAGAAGAUGAAGCAAAAGAUUGGGGAGUCACGUAUGGUUCACAAGAUUAAUGAGAAGCUUCAUCUUGGGUUGGAGGAUAAGCUACACAAAGAUGGAGACCAGAAGGAGAAAGAGCAAGACGAUGAUCAUCAUGUUGAUGAAAGUAAGCCCCCAGAGGAUGAUCAGAAAAGGAAAUCAGUUAGAAAGACGGUCAAAAAGAUCGCGAAAAAGAUUGUUCAUCAUCGUGGCAAUGGAAAGCGUCGGGGAGGGGGAGGGGGAGGGGGAGGGGAGGAAGGAGAGGGCGAAGAAGAGGAGGAGGAAGAAUAUGAAGUAGAGGAAGUAGAGGAAGGAGGGGAGUUCGAAUUUGAACUUGAUUUUGGUUUUUAA